AUGAAUCUAUCAGAUCAUACUAUCUAUUCCGCAACUCAAUCAUUACUUAUCAAUGCCCAUUGUUCAACAUUACGACGUAAAGCAAAAAAUAUUGAUACACAAGAAUUAGCAGCGAUGUUAGAUGAUGUUGUUCGUGAAUUGAAAUCUACAGUAUCACGUUCUGCAAUAUAUUUUCACUGUUUCAAUGAAAUAGUUCUUGCAUUAAAUUCAGCUUUACCAGCAUCAUUAAUUCCACUUUAUUCACAUUACUUUUUCGUUCUUCUACGAAAUACAAUACAAGUUCUUCUACAAGAAUUAUAUACAAGACAUGAAUUAAAUCAAUUAGCAACAUAUGCACUUCGAAAUUGUAUUCUACUUCUUGAACAUAUAGUUUCACAAACAAAUGAUGUCUCGAAAAUUUUACAUUGGAUAACUGAAUUAACAUUUAUUAAUUCAUUAGCAAAUUGUUUAAAUCAAAUAGAGCAUAUAUUGAAAGCUAAGGAUAGUAAACUUUAUAUACGACAAAUAGCACGUUUAUUAAAUAUAUUUAAUGGCAUACAAGAACGUUUACCAUUAAAUUUACAUCAAAAUUUAUUUCUUCCAUUACUUCAACCAGUAAUUAAAUGUUUAACAUCAUCUACUUAUAUACAAAUAUUUAAAGAUUUGAGACCAAAUUCAACAAAUUUAACAUCAUCUCAAAAAUUAUUUCUUGUUGAAUGUCCUCAAUUUCUUACAAUUUAUAAUGGUCCACAGAUAGAAGAUACUAUUGAAAAAAUUUUAGAAAUAAUGUUACCACGUUAUGUAUUCAUAAUUGAUUUGCAUAUAAAAACUAUUAAAUAUUGGCAUCAUUCAGUAAAACAUGCGAUGUAUAAUCUUCUCACAGUUCUGGUCUAUGCUGAAAGUUAUUUUACAUUAUAUUUAAGUAAUGAAUCACUGCAAACAUUUAUUAAUCAUCUUUUACGUUUGAUAAGUGAAUCUGAAUUAAUUAGAAAUAUAAAACAAGUCCCAAAUAAUCCUGAAACAUUAUUAAUUGAUGCAGCACUUCAAGUUUUUAGUGUAUUAGUUUAUGAACCUGAUGCACUUGAUUAUAUAAAACAAUGUAAAGCAUUGAGGAUUUUUCAACGAUUAGUAACAACACCAUGUGAAUCUAUUGUUUCAAAUGCUUAUAUGAUGCUUGUUUAUACAGUAGAUGAAAAUGAUAUCAAAGAAUUACAAGACAAUAUAUCCAGACUCAUUUACACCACUCUUAAUCUACUUCAUAAAGAAAUUUAUCCUAAGGAUGCAACUAAACAAGAUGCUCCACCUAGCUCACAAAAUAUCAAUCGAAAUAUUAUACAACUUACAGAAACAUUAGCAUCUCUUGUACAAUACGAACAAGUGAAAAAGGAAAUUAUCAAACAAAAUGCAUUAUUAUUUCUUAUACAAUCUUCACAAAAACUAUCUGGACUAUCAAAACAAUUCAUUCUCAAAUCUCUUUGGACACUAUCAUUUGAUAAACAUAUAGCUCAACAGAUAAAUCAUAAUUCACAAUUUAUUCUUUCAUUACAACAUAUCAAAAAAUCUUCAUCUGAAAAUAAUCAACAAACUAAUCCAUCGAUCUCAUGGAAUGAAUCAACAAAUGAUGAAAUACAAAAAAUAAUAGAUGGUCUUCUUUGGAAUCUUAGUAAAGGUAAUCUUCUAUCGAUUAAUAAAUAUGACUUUUUGAUUCUCAUUGAUUCAUUAACUCAUUUAGAAUCUGAAUAUCGUGCAAACAAAUCCAAAACUAAUGCACAAACAAAGAAAAAUGAUAUAAUGAUAUCAUAUUCUGUGAAAGACAAAGAUAUUGUUAAUAAAAUUGAAGGAAUCUUAGCUAAUGACGGUUUUACUGUUUGGCUUGAUCAAGAUAUUAUUCAUCGACAAAAUAUGGAGAAAGUAGCUGAACAGAUUGAUAAAUCAACGAUGAUGAUCGUUUGUUUAUCAGAUUCAUAUGCAAGAGAUAAUCGUUGUUUUAGUGAAUUGAUGUAUGGAUAUAAUAGUAAACGAUUAAUUGUUCCAUUAAUAAUACAAAAACAAUACAAAGUUGAUGAAUGGUUACGAUCAAUGGUUGAUAAAAAUAAAUGUAUUGAUAUUGAUAUAUCUGAUGUGAAAAAAAGUGGUCCAUUAUUAAUUAAAGAAAUUAAUCAAUAUUGCAGAAAUAAGAUAUCAGUUCCUAAAACAGCAACAACAUCAACCAUGACAACAACAUCAACUAUGACACCAACAAUUAAACGAAAAAAUGCUGAACCAAAUGUCCUCCGUUUUUCAUCUGAUGUUAUUCAUAAACAAAAUUAUGAAACAUCUAAAUCUACUGAUGAAAGUUCAUUAGCAACUACUCGUCCUCGUCCUAUUCUAGUUGAUAAAGAGCAACAAGUUUCAUGUCGUUCACAGUCAAGAGGAACUCUAAUAGGUUUAACACCUAUACCCUCAACACCUUUACUCGUAAAUACAAAUUAUGUGAAAUAUUUACCAGAAGAAUAUAGAAAGCGUAAUACAAGCGAUUCAACAUAUCGUUCAAUACCAAUAGUUACUUGGAACAAGAAAGAUAUACUUGAUUUUUUACAUGAUUUUAAUUUGAAUUUAAUGAUGCCAUUAUGCGAUACAAUGUCAGGUCGAGGAUUGUUACAAUUUUAUCGAAUGUGUCAAAGAAAACCUCAUCGUGUUCAUACUCAGUUAAAUGAAGAAUUGCGUAACCGUUUUCGAGGAUUAACUUUACCGAUGGGUAUUUUUACUCAGUUUCUUAUUGAAAUAGAUAAUUUAUUAGAAUCUGCUUCUGAACCAUCUCGAGCAAUAACUCCAGCAUCCUCAAGGAAGACCGAACGUGUUGUAUUUAUGCCUAUAACAACAAGGUCACAAACAUCAACUCAACGAACUAGUUCUGUAUCAUCAGUAUCUACAAUCACCCCAAUUGUUCCAUUGACCACUACAAAAUCGAUGGAAGAAAAAUCCAAUGUACCAACAAUGCGUAGUACACGAGUUAUCGAACGAUCUAUAUUUCGACCGGCAUCCACUGCUGAUCGACCAUAUGAUUUUAUUAUUGAGACAGGCGAAGAAUCAAAAUUAUUACUUGAAAAAGUUGAACGCUAUGCAUCUGAGUUAUUUCAACUUCAACAAGACGCACGUAGUAGACUUGAAAAGAAAGGUAUUCGUGUGGGAUAA